UUGAUUUUUCUGCUAGUUUUCCGCGAUUUUUUAGCGCAAGCCGGUGAUGGCCACUUUUUUAGUGAAAUAACAAAUUCUCCGGCGAAAUAAAAAGUGUCUGUUAGCCAACGAAAUGGCUUUCGUACUGCGAUUUGCCAAAACUAUUCGCAACAACUGGAAGAAGUCGACCGUGUUCGGGAGUGCCGUGGCUUACGGUGUUUCCUACUCCAAAGAGAAGUAUGAAAUCAAACAAUUAAUGCGUUACUACUGCACGGAGGCAUCCCGGUACGGAGAUGUAAAGAUUGGACAAAACCAAAGGACUCCCAAAGUGAUAGUCCUGCUGAAUCCGGCUGCUAAUCGUAAAGACUCCGAGGAAGAUUUCCAAAACUAUUGCGAACCAAUUCUUCAUCUUGCCGGUUUUGAAGUGGACAUUGUGAAGACCGAUUCGGAAGGCCAUGCGCGUCGUUACGUCGAAGAACUAGCAACGCUGCCUGAUGCACUCAUAGUAGGCGGUGGUGAUGGUACGCUUUCGGAGGCCGUGUCCGGUAUGAAACGACGAUCCGAUGGUUCCCAGUGCCCGAUCGGCGUGUUACCGCUCGGCAGAACAAACACCAUGGCCCGGAAACUGUUUGCCGCAGAAGGUGCGAAGCAUUCCGAUCUGGAAAACGUUCGUACGAUGGCCAACGCCGCGUAUGCGGUGAUCGCAGGAAAGAAGGAAAAGAAAGAUGUGAUGCGCAUCGAGGUACUCCCAAGUGUUGCCGAUGAGACACCACCGGAGAAACCAGUGUACGCCCUCGGCACACUGCAGUGGGGAGCAUUCCGUGACAUACUGGCCCUAAGGGAUAAGUAUUGGUAUACGGCAUCGUUACGCGAUUACACGGCGUUCCUGUUCAAUGCAUUUGAUGGUGGGCACACGUGGAACUGUAAGGCACGGCUCGCUUACACGGAACCCUGCACCGGGUGCAGUAAUUGCUACCGGGAUCUCGAUGACCAGUGGGCGGUGAAGAAGCAACAGGAACAGCAACCCCGACGUUGGUGGUCAAUGUUUGUGCCACGCUCGAAGACACCACCGAAGACGGAUUACACGAAGAUCGUGAAUGAAAAGUGUUCCGUGCGGCAUGAGAUCGAAAUCGAUCCAUCGGAGUUAGUGAUCAAGACACAGAAUGUGGAUGAUACCGGGACAGAAGCCGUAGAACAACCCGAGCGGAACGAAUCGAAGCUACAGUUGGUCGUUGGUGAGCAAGUAGAUUCUGGCUUUGGUUUUAUAAGUGAAAGCUGGAGUCGGUUAAGGCAGCGUAAAUACUUUGAAUGCCCAUCGAAGGCCACCGAGGGUGUGAUAAGUGCGAGAACGAUCGAGCUGCUACCGGAGAGGCUAAAAGUGGAAGAAACCGAUCCCGAUCUGUACUACUCGAUCGACAACGAAGCGUACGAGGUGCGUCCGGUGCGCGUAACGCUCGUUCCAAAUGCGAUCGAAGUGUUCACGUUCUAAGGUGGUUCCUGGUUAGGACAAUAAAGUGAUCUUCGUUCACAUAAACAUCGUUUCUUUAUUCUUGUCAUAAAU